UGAACUGGCAACCUAACCAUCACGUCACGUAUUCCACUACUCAUCCAUCACCAAUUAACGCGUUGAAUUGAGCACGCCUCUGCGAUUCCAAUUCAUUUUCUUACAGCAAAGCUUGUUCUCUAGAAAAUUUACAUAAUUAUCAAACCUGCAGACAACUGACUGCUCAAUCCCAAACAACAAUGUCCGACAUCGUGCCGCCGACCUCAGCCACCACCUCGGAUCCCCCGCCCGCCCCGUCCUCCACAGCCGAUGAGCCCAAGUACGGCGGCCACACGCGCUUCGAGAUCGAGCUUGAGUUUGUGCAGGCCCUCGGCAACCCCAUCUACCUGAACCACCUGGCCGUGAACAAGGUGCUCUCCCAACCCGCCUUCGUCGCCUACCUCGACUACCUGCAGUACUGGACCCGCCCGCCCUACGUCAAGUACCUGACCUAUCCCGGACCUACACUGCGCAGUCUCAAGCUGCUGCAGCAGGAGAAGUUUAGGCAGGAUAUCAUCAUGCCGGAGCUGGUCAAUGCGCUAGUCGAGCAGGGGAUGCGGGCCGCCGUCGAGUGGCACAUGGAGGACAAGAAGCCUUGAAAGACGCGGAAACGUUGGGAGUGUGUCACAUCACUAGCAAAGGCCUCGGAGUUUUGAGAUAUAGGGACAGGAACUAUUGGGAUCAUUGGGGGACGACAAAAGUUCGCCCAGCCCAGGGCGCAACAAAUCUGCACACAUCGAAAGCCACGAUAUUAAAGCCAGCCAAACGCCUCCGCUGCGAACGCCAUUUCGCCGUAAUUACCAGAUCCGAAAGCAACGAGACCGCCAUGCGGCUCUCCACCACUCCAUCGCAAAAAGACCGAAAAUACGAAAACAACCACAGGCCACGAUCUGUCAGUUCUCACGCCAUCUGUGGCCACAAGUCAUGCACUACGAAGCCCCAAAAGGGCACCAAGUUAGCACAUGCUUGAGACACCCGUCAUGCGAUGUCAUGGUGGCGCUUUCUUUGUAAUAGAAACUAAAGCGCACAGCCGAAUAAAAAUCAUCAAAGGACACAACGAAACAAAACUCACCUUGUAAAAGCUCGUCAUCGGCUCAUCAGCACUGCGGAUCUGGACCUGGAAGAAGGCGGCCUCCUCGCCGUCGCAGUUGUCGGCGGGGCACUGCACGCGACCCUUUUGCGCAUUGUCCCACGCGCCGGGCCCGCCAAAGACGUCCUCGCGCUCCUUGCGCGCAAACUCCUUGCGGCUGAAGAGGGGCUCGUUGAUGGCGAACUCGUACGGGCACGUUCGGCACUCAAGUCGGUUCUUCCCCGUCUCCAUGGCCGAGACGGUUAGGACGUUGGCGCAGCUGGGGCAGACUUUUUUUUUGUGGGUAAGGGUGUUAGUCAGAUGGAUUUUGGAGGAUGAAAUCGUUUAUUUUUGGGAUGUCCUUACAGAGCAGCAUCUUGGGAGUGUGGAAAUUUGCAAAUGGCUCACUUUCGAGUAGUAUUUGGUGGAAGGUUUUCAAGCUUUUGGGAGACGAUGAAAAGAGCAGCUCCGCGAUCCCAAAGGCUGCCCCACCACUAGGUGACCCGAAGGCAGUGACACGAUGUCACGUGGAUCGGCACAUGAUACCCCAAAUGCUCACCAUGGCCAUUUCACUGUCGGCUUUGAUCUCGCUAUACCUAAUUUUUAGUCUGAACGGUUUGAAAACGAGGUAAAUCCUGUGCGAAACUUCGGAACAUUAGCCAAAAUCAUGUCGGCACGAAGCGUGUAAAUGUUGACCUGGACUAGAAUGACUUUGUCGUUGCACAUUAUCUUACACGCCGAGUCGGUGACAGCAUUACACCCCUUUGCAUGAGUACCUUGGAGGCUAGAGUACCACAACCGCAGCUUGAGCAUACAUCUCAUGUUACCGACAGAUACCAAUAGCCUCAAGUCAGAACACCAAAGUAACAUUCAAGGUUGACUCUUAAC